GUUUGUUACUUCGCAACUGAUAUUUGAACAUGUCAUACAACCAAGGACCUCCUCAGGGUGGAUACUACCAGCAAGGCCCUCCACAGGGAGGUGGCUACUACCCGCAACAACAACCCGUGUACGUGCAACAACAAAGACAAGAUGACGGAUGUUGUGGAGGUUGCUGUGGAUCAUGUUGUGCUAGUUGUUGUGGUGUGAUUGCCGGUGUUCUCUGCUGUGAAAUGCUUGGAAUGUAAUUAGCAGUAUGUAAUAGAUGUACAUUAAGCAAACUAAA